AUGGUGUAUAUAAAGGUGGGAAGCCUAAAAGUGUUCUAUAAAGUGCAUGCAGAAGAUGUUGUUAAGGAGAUCUUAGAUGAUAGGUGCAUUGCAAACUUAGUUGGUACCAUCCCAUCAAAUAGAGUUGUUGUGCUGUAUUUUCAUGAUCCAACUGACCAGAACACACUUGACAGUAAAAAAGAAGAGGUAUGGCCAUCAUUGGAUUCUGACGAGUAUGCAAAUGUAGCUAAAGAGGAACAUGUACAAGUUGAAUUUGAUGGUAAUGAAGCAGACAAUGAAGAGGAAAUGUGGAAGUUGAAUCUGCUGGUAGUGAAUCUGAAAAUGAAGAGGAAAAUGUGGAAGUUGAAUAUGGUGGUAGUGAAUCUGAAAAUGAAGAGGAAAAUGUCGAAGUUGAAUAUGGUGGUAGUGAAUAUGAAUUCAAUAACCAUAUUAAAGACCCAAAAAUAUAUUUUAUUUCGCGGCUGCACCUAG